CACUGAAGGGGGCAUUAUGGCUGUGGAUGUGACAGAAUAUCAUCUGAGCGUCAUCAAGAGCCCCCCUGGCUGGGAGGUAGGCGUCUACGCGGCCGGGGCCCUGGCGCUGCUGGGAAUUGCAGCCGUGAGUCUGUGGAAGCUGUGGACUUCUGGGAGCUUCCCCAGCCCCUCCCCGUUCCCCAAUUAUGACUACAGGUACCUUCAGCAGAAGUAUGGCGAGACCUACCCGGAGGCCAGGCCACAGCGAGUACCACCAUGGACUGCCCCGCGGACCAACACUCGAGGGCCGCCCAGCCGCAAAGGCAGCCUGAGCAUUGAGGACACCUUUGAGACUAUCAGCGAGCUGGGUCCCCUGGAGCUGAUGGGCCGAGAGCUGGACCUGGCCCCUUACGGGACCCUUCGUAAGUCCCAGUCAGCUGACUCUCUGAACUCCAUCUCGUCUGUGAGCAACACCUUUGGGCAGGACUUCACCCUAGGCCAGGUGGAGGUGAGCAUGGACUAUGACGCCACCUCCCACAUUCUCCACGUGGCCGUGCUUCAGGGCAAGGAUCUCCUGGAGCGGGAGGAAGCCAGCUUUGAGUCCUGCUUCAUGCGAGUCAGCCUGCUGCCUGACGAGCAGAUCGUGGGCAUUUCCCGGAUCCAGCGGAAUGCCUACUCCAUCUUCUUCGAUGAGAAGUUCUCCAUCCCUCUGGACCCCACGGCCCUGGAGGAGAAGAGCCUGAGGUUCUCAGUGUUUGGUAUCGACGAGGACGAGCGGAAUGUCAGCACCGGGGUGGUGGACCUGAAGCUGUCCGUGCUUGACCUGACGCUCCAGCCCUUCAGUGGCUGGCUCUACUUACAGGACCAGAACAAGGCCGCCGACGCCGUGGGUGAGAUCCUGCUGUCCCUCAGCUACCUGCCCACGGCUGAGCGCCUCACGGUAGUGGUGGUGAAGGCCAAGAACCUCAUCUGGACCAAUGACAAAACCACAGCGGACCCCUUCGUCAAGGUGUACCUGCUGCAAGACGGAAGGAAGAUGAGCAAAAAGAAGACAGCCACAAAAAGGGAUGACCCCAACCCAGUGUUCAAUGAAGCCAUGAUCUUCUCCGUGCCGGCCAUUGUACUCCAGGAGCUGUCUCUCCGUGUGACGGUGGCUGAGAGUAGCAGCGACGGCCGUGGGAACAAUGUAGGCCAUGUCAUCAUCGGGCCAGCGGCCAGCGGCAUGGGCACCACACACUGGAACCAGAUGCUGGCUACAUUACGCAGGCCCGUGUCCAUGUGGCACCCAGUUCGGCGAAACUAG